AUAGUAGGUCUGGCUUUGCUGGUAAGAUCUCUCUUGAAGCGUUAGAGAUCUGUUUGUUGUUUUGCCUCUUUCCAUAACUGUCUAUAUCUAGAUUUGAUGCUUUUACCUCUGCCCUUUUGUGGGAUUUGAAACGGAUGAAUUCUGCAAUUGAAAAAAUCCCAUGUAGAUCUGUUCCAGUUCAGCUUACUGAUCUGUUUUUAGUAAAGCAAUCAAUUGUAUUAUUCGAGUUUUCAGUUUAGUAAAGUAAACUUAGUAUGCGUUUUCCGUUUUGUACAGGUGGGAAAACAUUCGUCUUAUGGGACGUCGAGGUUUGCCCUAUCCCUGAUGGUCUUGGUCCUCAUGAUGUUUUCAGUAACAUAAAACGUGUCCUUAUGGAUAAUGGUUAUCGUGGUGAUGUCUCAACUACACCUUAUACCGAUUUGACAAAAUCAAAUGGUGAGUUUAAUGGUAUUCCUGUCCGUCACCUAUCCGCAGGAGAUAGAGAUGCGAGACUUGAGGUGUAUAUGAUAGACUUAUAUUCUUGUGUUGUGAAGGAAGAUGGACCAUUAAAUUUGAUGCUAUUUGUCGGCGACAUCUCAUCACGCAGCAAGGACUUCUUCAGGGUUUUUCGUUUGUUGCAAUCUAGCUCAUCAGACUCAUCAGUACCGCUAUCUUUAACCCAAGAUGGGAUUUGCAAGGCCCUGACAUUUGGAGAAGAGGUUAUCAUCAGGGAAUGUGGGGAGCGUCGGAAGGUUCCAAAUUCUGACUAGCUUUGUCUCCUCAAGCUUCUUCUUUCUGGACAAGUAUGUUUGUAUUGCUUUUUUUGCAAGGCUGUGUUGUCUUUUGAAUUUCUUUGCAUAAAACUAAUAAAUGUCUUCUUUCAUCUUUCUUUUGUUCCUUCAUGAACAAAUAAUACAUCUCUCCCGUUUCAAUCAAAACCGUUUAUUUUUUUACGUACAGUCUGUUGAAUUUAAAAGCUGUACAUGUUUCAAAGUUCCAAUUUCUAUUACACCCGAU